AUGCCAAAAGAUUUCGAUCUGGAUUAUGAAAAUAUUGAUAUUCAUACUUGUCGUACAAAUGAAGAGCUGGAUGAAUGCGUUCGUCUUCAACAACGAGUGUGGCAAUUUAACAAUCUUGAUACCGUGCCACGUCGAGUAUUUCUUGUUUCAGAAAAAAAUGGCGGUGUCGUACUAGGUGCAUAUGCUUCUCGUAACGGAAAACCGCUGCUAGUUGGCUUUAUCUGGGCUUUAUCUGGUGUUCAUGGUGGCGCAAAUGCAGGAGUCUCUCUGUACAUUGAGAUGUUGGCAGUACAUCCUAAUGCACAAAAUCAUGGCAUUGGUCGAAGACUAUUGAAACAGAUGAAAGAGGACAUGCUCUCUCAAAAUGUGAAGAUGGUUAUGGGUACCUUUGAUCCGACUGAUAGCAAAUUGGCUCAUUUAUAUAUCAAUGGUUUCGGCGCCAUAGCAAGGCGCUAUAGUGUUAAUUUCUAUGGUAAGUCUUCAUCGGCCCUUCACACGUUGUCAACAGAUCGGUUACAUGCCGAAUGGUGGCCCAAUUUGGUCCAACCUAAGACACAACAGGAUCCUUUGGUGCAUAAAAACUGUGCGUCAUCAGAAUCCAAUUGUAUUGUGGAAGUUCGUGUACCAGCCGGUAUGGCUCAAUGGAAACGUCUUCGAGAUAAACGAGCUUCGAAAGCGCAGGAAGAUAUUCGUGAGAAACUCACCUCAGCAUUCUCACAAGGUCUUGCUGUGAUAGGAUUUCAACGUGAACCAAAUGGCGAUGGUGUUUAUCAACUCGGACAUUUUUCGCUUGCUGAAAUUGAUACGAAUGUAUAA